UGUAAGGAGUAGGUGAUGGCGUUUGCAACUACGCGCACAAUAACCGUUCCAUGGAAAAGUGUUAACCGUUGCUAUUCACUUUUUAAUUAUUGAGAUUUACGAAGACUUAGUCCCACUAUUCGAGAGUUGAUGUAAUGAAAGGUUUGGGACGCCUUAUACCCUCGUUAUAAUGAUAAUGAAUGAGAGAUAACAUUAAAUGAGUGUAAGCGUUUCUCGCGAGUUGUGAAGAUUCGUGAAAAGCGCCAUUUCAGAAGUACAGAAGUGAGUUUUUAUUGUGCAUCAUGUCGGCGAUCUCGGGAAAUCAGGCCACAAAGAACGUCCAUCAUUAUGCUGCUGCGCAGGAGGCAUUGACUGAGAUUCCCCUGGGCUCCCCGGUGGUGCCCAAGCGGGCGCGGCAGCCCCAGGACCUGAGUGUUGGGGACGACGAGCAGCCCGCCCCUGGCGACGGUUGUGGCUGGCACUUCUGCUUCAGCGGGCGCUGCGUCCAGCAUUCCAGGACUGCCAAGUGGCUCCUCUUCUGGAUGUGCUGGGCUGCAGCCGUACAGGGUAUGGUUGUGAACGGCUUCAUUAACGUGAGCAUUACCACCAUCGAAAAGCGGUUCAACCUGAUGUCUCGAAGCACAGGAAUCAUUGCGAGUUCGUACGAUAUUGCCUCGCUUCUCGUGGUCAUCCCGAUAUCAUACCUUGGCUCUAGACCUGGCGCCUCCAAGCCCCGGUGGCUGGGGAUUGGACUUAUCGUCAUGGGGCUCGGAUCUUUCGUAUUUCUUCUCCCCCAUUUUGCUGUCCCCGCGUACGAAGGGAAGAUUAACAGCGGCACCGAUGGACAAGCACCUCAGAAUCUCUGUAUUGGACCCGACUCGAAGAGAGAUAACUGCGGCUCGACAUCAGACGGCUCGUGGCUCUCUGAUUUCUUCUACGUGUUCGUGGCGGGCCAGAUGCUGCACGGCUUCGGAGCGACGCCCAUCUACACGCUGGGCAUGGUCUUCAUAGACGAGUCUGUGCCUCUCAUACAGUCUUCCUAUUAUCUCGGAAUAUUCAGCGCGAUGUCGGUGGUGGGGCCAGCGGUGGGGUACGGGCUCGGGGGGCAGCUCAUCAAAAUCUACAUCGACGCGCCUGCCGUCGACCCUGUUGAUUUAGGCUUGACGUCCUCGAGCGCACGGUGGCUGGGCGCCUGGUGGGUCGGCUUCUUCAUUGCUGGUUCGCUGUCGCUGCUCGUGGCCAUCCCGGUGCUCCUCAUCCCGGCCGUCGUUGUCCGCAAAGAUGUGCCGCCAGCCACUCGCCCCACGCCAGAUCCUGACGCCAUAGACGCCGUGACAGCGUCUGGAGUGACAGGCUUCCAGCACCUGGACGGGUUCUGCAGGUCCUCAAAAGAACUCCUCACGAACAUCACCUUCAUCUUCUUGUCCGUUGCUGAGGCCACGGAAGGCUUCAUCAUCUCUGGCAUGGCUGCCUUCAUGCCGAAACUCCUGGAACGACAGUUCGGUAUAGCGGCCAGCUCAGCUCUUGUUGACGAGAAGAUAUUACAUGCUUGUGCCAUCGCAGUGCCUGCUGGAGGAGGAGGCACGUUCUUGGGUGGCUGGGUGAUCAAGAAGUUGCGGAUGGGCUGCUCGAGCGUCUUAAGACUCUGCUUCGUAGUUUCUAUAUUCGUCACCCUCACGUGCUUUGCUUUCUUCAUCCACUGUCCUGACAACGUUUUUGCAGGCAUCAAUACUCACUAUGACGGUUUAAGCUCCAUGUCGACGCCAGAGAUGGAGUCAAGCUGUAACCUGGACUGCGGGUGUACAGACGUGGCCUUCAGCCCGGUGUGUGGUGCCAACAACGUCAUCUAUUACUCGCCCUGCCACGCCGGCUGCACGCACGCCUCUACGGGCGACCAGAAACAGAUGUUCAGCGAGUGUCGAUGCCUAGCUGAGCUCCCAGGCAACGCGUCUGGCGAGGCAGGAGCUCAUCUGCUCCCCCACCAGGCCACGCCGAACCUCUGCCCCAACGACUGCGGCUUCCUGGGUCUCUUCAUCGCCGCCGUGGCCGUGGUCAUGUCAGCCACCUUCUUCAUUUCCAUGCCUAGCGUCAACGGCACCCUCAGAUGCGUGGAGACAGAAAAUCGCGGGCUUGCGCUGGGCUUGCAGGCGAUAUCGUUCCGUGUGCUCGGCAGCAUCCCAGGGCCGCUGCUUUUCGGCAUAGCCAUCGACCAGGCGUGCGUGCUGUGGGGGGAGGCGUGUGGUGUUGCCGGCGCUUGUGUCGCCUACGACAACUUGCACCUCAGCAGGUACAUGUUUGCUCUUUGCUUCGUGGUCAAAAUGAUCUCGACGAUUGGCUUCUUCAUCGCCUGGCGGUCGAGCGUCGCCGUCGAGGCCUCCAAAACUCCACUUGCGUCGCCGACCAUCGACGCAACGACGGCAAGAGCGUACGACAACCCUGCUCUUGACUCAACGUGAUUUUUAAUUAUAGUCUACCUAGGAUAUAUUUUUCUAAUUUCAAGAAUAUUUGUUACUUAUUCUGACUGAGAUCGUUAUUUCCAAUGAGUUUAUGACCAUAUGCUGACCACUACAUUGGAAAAUGUGAAAAAUACUUUAAAUUAAACGUAUUCUCAUCUGAAUUAUUUCGAAGAAUACUGGAGUAUAUUCAUUCUGGUGAUGAUUGUGAUUCAGAAAAAUAAGUUAUCCCUCUCAUGAAUUCGUUCAUGUUCGGCCUUGUUCACUAUAACUUGCGAUUUAAUACUUGUUAGAUGCCGACGUUAUUUUUUUCAAUACCUUUUCUGGGCGUUUAGGAAUGAGAUGGUUUCUCGAAUAGGAAUAAUUUAGAUUAAAAUAAGCGACGGUGGCUGUGAUAAAUACGUGAAGCAGGUUUUUUGACCGAUCCAAGUACUUCUUCCGUAACUUCAUUUUGCUCUCGCAUUUAAUUAUAUUUAAAUUUCUAUUAAGCUUUAAAGACAUCGUGCGUUAAUUUCAAGUUGAAAUAAAUUUUUAUUAUUUACAUUUUCAGCUAUUUAUAAACUUGUUGAUUUUCUGACAACGCAGGUCAAGUUGGCUGAAAAAAUUAAUAAAAUCAACUUGCCUCCACAACUCUCGGGUACAAAUUGCUUGUGAGACGAGAUUGCAUUUUAUUAUGCUACAUGAAAUAAAAAACAUAGAAAAAAUAAAAUACGUUGUUUCUAUAAUAUGAAGAAGAAAUCUGUACCUUUCGUGCGAUACAUUUUUUGAUCUUUGUUAACUUGAAUAAUUGCAUGCAGUUGUUUUGGGAACUUUCGGUACCCAAGGUUUUACAAGGUCCCAGAAGGAAGGAUUACUAGAAUUAGAAACAAUAACCAACA